ACGUCACCGAUACCGCUCACAUGACACACGGGUCACACGCUGGGCAUAACAGCAGGUGCUUUCACAACGUAUCGUCUCCAAUGUUUUGUGGCUUCACUACAGACCCUAAGAUGUACCGUUGGGUGUGUCUACUGUUGGUGCUGGCAUUUGUGAUCGUUUGGGGAUCAGCACAAGACGCCUGUGGUUACAAGAAAUGCGCGGCGCUGCCUGUGAAGCCAGGCUAUGUAAAUGUGCACCUGGUGCCCCACACUCAUGACGACGUCGGCUGGCUCAAGACUGUGGACCAGUACUACUACGGAGCCAAUAACAGUAUCCAGAUCGCGGGUGUUCAGUACAUCCUGGAUUCAGUCAUCCCCCAGUUGGAGAUGAAGCCGAGCAGGACGUUCAUCUACGUGGAGAUGGCGUUCUUCUACCGGUGGUGGCAGGAACAGGACGGAGACAUGAGGGAUAGGGUCAGGAAACUCGUCGGUAAAGGCCAGCUGGAGUUUAUAAACGGAGGUUGGUGCAUGAAUGACGAGGCCAGUACGCACUACAACGCUAUCAUCGACCAGAUGACUGUGGGUCUGCAGUUCCUCAACAGCACGUUUGGGGAGUGCGGGCGCCCCCUAGCGGCCUGGCACAUAGAUCCUUUCGGACACUCCCGUGAGCAGGCCUCACUGUUCGCGCAGAUGGGAUUUGACGGGUUCUUCUUCGGGCGGCUGGACUACCAGGACAAGGCGAACCGACUGAAGUACAGGAACAUGGAGGAGAUCUGGCGAGCGAGUCCGGACGAUCUUGGAGCGGCUGCAGACCUUUUCACAGGCGCCCUGUACAACCACUACGUCCCGCCAGGCGGCCUGUGCUUCGACAUCGGCUGUCAGGACCAACCUGUUGAGGAUGACAUGUCUCUACAUGACUACAACGUGGCCAAUCGGGUCGGCAUCGCUGUCAACACGUCCUGGAUCAGGUCAGUGAAGCAUUUCCAAACAGACCACAUCAUGUGGACCAUGGGGUCGGAUUUCCAGUACCAGGCGGCGCACACGUGGUUCAAGAACAUGGACAAACUUAUUACACACACCAACAGUAUGGCGGACAAGCACAAGGUGAAUCUCCUGUACUCAUCUCCGUCCUGUUACAUCUACCACAAGAACAAGGCUUCAGCAACGCCCCCUGGCGUCAAGUUUGCGCACAACAACACGGCCGACUUCUUCCCGUACGCUGACCAACCGCACGCGUUCUGGUCUGGUUAUUUCACCUCCAGGCCUGCAUUCAAGGGAUAUGUCAGGAGAUGUAACAAUCUGCUACAGGUUUGUAAGCAGUUGGAAGUAUCGGAGCACGAAGUUUCCGACAAAGUUCCUCUGCCGACGUCGAAGCGUUUCACCUGGCAAAAUUAUGAUUUCGUAUCUUCAAUAUUCACAGGGGAGGCGAUGGGCGUAGCACAACAUCACGACGCCGUAAGCGGCACAGAGAAACAACACGUGGCAAAUGACUACGCUAUGCGGCUCCACGCAGGCGCAGUAGAGUGCCAGGUUAUCACCAGUAUGACCCUGCAGCAGAGGAUGGCGAAAGCUGGUGCCCUCCCGCCUGUAGCCGAGUUCUGUAACUACCUAAACAUCAGCGUCUGUCCGCUCACUGAGGACGAAUUUACAAAGUCGUUCACUGUCACAGUGUACAACCCUUUGGCACGUCGGCGGACCGGAUAUUACGUCAGACUUCCGGUGACCGGAGAUGCCUAUGCUGUUAAUGAUCCGGAAGGCAACAAUGUUGUAACCCAGGUGACGAAGGUGAGUCAGCGGACACAGGAAAUCAGAGGAAAACGAGGGAAAGCCAAACACGAACUUCUCUUUCCCGUUUCUGCGCCUGCGCUAGGUUUCAGUACGUACUUCGUCAGCCAGUCCCAAAACAGUUCCAGAUCAGCAGGAAAGCAACCGAAAGCUGGAGAUGACCAAGAGAUUCACAAUGAGCACCUUAGCCUACUGUUUGACGGGAAAACCGGCCUCCUGAAAAGUGUGGUCAACCUGGAGACCAACCUAACGCUGAAGGUGAACCAGGGCUUCUACUGGUACAACUCCAGCGCGGGAAACAACAAGGCGAGCAACAAGAAGUCUGGAGCGUACGUCUUCAGGCCAAACAGUACCGAGGCUAUGCCCAUCCUGCCUCAACAGUCUGUCAUUACAAGUGUGGUUGAUGGACAGCUGUGUCAGGAGGUCCAGCAGAGUUUCAGCCCGUGGGUCAGCCAGGUUGUCCGGCUGUACUCCGGACAGCGCCACGCCGAGCUGGAGUGGACAGUGGGACCGAUCCCCAUCAAGGACGAUCUGGGGAAGGAGAUCAUCUCUCGGUUCGACACGGACAUUAUGUCCGACAGCACGUUUUACACAGAUGCGAACGGACGUGAGCUCCUAGCGCGGGUUGUGGACCGCCGUCUGACGUGGAAACUCAACCAGACUGAACCGGUGGCAGGCAACUACUACCCCGUCAAUAGCAGGAUACUCAUCAAGGAUAAGUCCAAGCAGCUGACUGUUCUCACUGACCGAUCGCAGGGUGGCAGUAGCCUAAGGAACGGAUCUCUGGAACUCAUGGUCCAUAGGCGCAUGCUCUAUGAUGAUGGGUAUGGCGUGGGGGAACCACUGAAUGAGACAGGAGUGUUCGGAGACGGUUUGGUUGUCCGUGGGAAGCACUAUCUCCUGCUGGACACCCCUGAGAGCUCGGGACAGCUCCACCGCGCCCUCGGGGAGCAACUGUACAUGGCACCGUCCGUCCUGCUCGGUCUCGCCGGUGGCAACGAUCCCAAGCAGUACAGGAAAGAGUUCCGCACAAAUUACACAGCUAUGAAGCGCGAACUGCCAUCCAGUGUUCACCUGCUGACGUUGGAGAUGUCUGAAGAUGAGACGGUCCUGAUGAGGCUGGAGAAUCAGCUGCAGAAGGCGGAGGGCGGCGCCCCUCAGAACGUGACUUUGACGGGACUGUUUGAGCCCUUCGAGGUGGAAAUUAACACGGUGGAAGAGCUGACCCUGGGCGCUAACUACCCUGCCACCAUGGUACAGCGGCUCGCAUGGAACACAGAAGGCGGGCGGACAAAGUCCGAGGCUCUCCGCUGCUGGGACUCCGGGUCGGCCACAGUGUCUCUCCAGCCCAUGCAGAUCUGUACACUGCGCUUCAAGGUGCAGCAGCGGGACUGAGGCACGUUUCGGCACGCAUGAGGCGUCCUACCCUAGCUGUUACCAGACGAUACCCAGGGGUGGUUUCAGAAGUGAAACUUGUUUGAUAGUUGUAAAAGUGCAACAAAUAUUGACAUCAUAAAUGUAGUUGCCAACUUGGGUAGUGAUACCAAUGUACCACACUAGUGUCACUUUUACUACACUAGUUCACUUCUUUUAUCGGAAUAAAUGCCUUAUUAGUUGUGAUGCCA